AUGUCGGAGGUUAUUUUUCCAGUUACUUUGAAGACCAGGUUCCCUUUCUUUCGCACACUCCUCUCAGUCCUCUUUGGACAACAAGAUGAGCAUAGCAGUGUUGUAGAAUCCAAGGAGGUAGCGGAAGAAAUCGAUGUUUCAAAUCCCGAGACGAAUUUCCCGAGUUUGCUUGGUGAGAAUUCUUGA